ACCGCCAUGAUGAGGACCAAGGAAGAAGUUGCGAAGCUCGCAGAUAUGGACCCGGAGCUUGCUGAGUUCCUCAGCAAGAACACCCUCCCCAAGGGCGACUGGAACAAUAUCAAACAAUUCCGCGCAAUGCGCGACGAGAUGGGAAAGCAAAAGCUCGAGGCCCUGGGUCCAGCAGCCCCACACGUCGAGGAAGAGUUCAAGAGCAUAACCAUGAGAGAUGGCUUUGAAAGCCAGAUCAAGAUCCACAAACCCAUGGGCAAGAGCGGAGGACCUCUCAUCGUCUUGGUGUUUGGUGGUGGCUUUGUGGUUGGCGAUAACCAACAGCUCACCCCUUAUGGCCGUGGAUUCGCCAGAGCCUUCGAUGCAGUUGUCGUGACGACUGCAUACAGACUGGCACCCGAGCACAAGUUCCCAACUGCACCGAACGAUACCGAAGACACUCUGUUAUGGCUUGCGAAGAAUGCAGAGUCCUUGGGUGCAGACCCUUCCAAAGGAUUUGUCCUGGGAGGCAAGACCCUCGAGGACAAAAGCCUGGCACAUCCUCUCACAGGUCUUUGGCUGUGUGUCCCCCUUGUCUUCCCCAACGAGGAUUUAGUGCCAGACAAGUACAAAGACGUCUUCUUCUCCCACGAGCAAAACGCCGACGCGCCUAUCCUCGAUAAGAACGCUAUCGAUGCCAUCGCUGGCCAUCUCGAACCUGACCAGUCAUCCCAGCUCUAUUCACCUUUCAACAGCAAAAAUCCUCACAAAGGCUUGCCCNCCACAUACGUCCAAGUCGACGGAAUGGAUCCUCUACGUGACGAUGGAUUGAUCUACGAGCAAGUUUUGAGUGAAAACGGAGUCAAGACAAAACUCGACAUCUGGCCUGGACUGCCUCAUGCACAUUUCUCUUUCCUACCAUUCUUGAGCGGCAGCAAGAAGGCGAUUUUUGAUACCUUUAUUGGCUUCGGUUGGCUACUAGGCAUGGACGUAUCACCACAGAAGAUACAAGAAGUUAUGGCCGCACCUGGAGGUGGUUAG